GCCUUUUUGUCGACUACAUUGUCCCUUCGGAGCAUGUCUCCCAUGAACGUCCAGACAAGACAAUCUGAUCAACCGCCGCUGUCCCACUAUGGCUACCAUUGAUACAGAUGUGGACUUCAGCGAGAGUCGAGCGACCGAAAUCAAUGUUCUUGGGUGGGUGUUCACGGGCACUGCGACUGCGACCGUCUUCCUCAAGCUCCUUGCCCGUGGCCAUGUCGCCAAAGACCUCGGCUGGGAUGACUUCUUCAUUCUAUUCUCCUUGACCCUUAGUGUCAUUGCCGCUGGGAUCGUGUCCCACUCGGUCUUCCUGGGCCUGGGACGACACACAGCCGCAGUGAUUGCAGAACAUGGCAUGGAGGGAUUCGAGAUGGCAUCCAAAUGGCAUGUAUUGGCAUUCCCCUUCAACAUCGCUUCCUUCAGCUUCCCCAACAUCGCCAUCGCCAUUCUCGUGAGCCGCCUCCUUGACCCGAAUCCUCUCCGCACCCGAUGCCUUUACGCCAUGGUCGCCCUGCAAGUUGUCUUUGCCAUGGUCUCCAUCAUCCUGCUUUUCCUACAAUGCAAGCCAACACAAAUGCUCUGGAAACCCUCCAUUGAAGGCAAAUGCUGGGACGAGUCCGUCUUCAAUGCAUACCUUUACUGGGUCAGCGCGUACACAACAGUCACGGACAUCGUGCUGGCCGUUGUGCCCAUCAGCGCGUUUUGGAAUCUGCAGAUGCGAGCGUCAACCAAGUGGGCGGUAUGCGUCAUGAUGGGACUGACCUUUCUCUCGGCGCUUGUCACCAUCGUCAAGGCAACAUACAUACACCUGUUCUCGAACCGUACGGAUCCUCUAUACAAGAUCGUUCCGUUGGUUCUUUGGGGCCUUGUCGAACAAAACGUGGUCAUCGUCGCUGCCUGCAUCCCCACCCUCCGCCCAUUAUUCCGCAAGGCCUUCGAGUCCAGGAACUCCCGCUCGGGCACCAACUCACGCCCGCGUUUGGGAUUCACCUUCACGCUGCCAUCGACCCCCGGCCCCGAGCGUCUUCAUUCCGAGCCCGAGUCAACCAUCCCUCUCGGGUCCCGAAAAACCGGCUUCGACGCAAAGAGCGACAACAGCCAGCACGGUAUCCUGCGCACGGUAGACGUGGACGUGGAUAGCGACGAGGGGAAUGAUCUGGAGGGAAACGUGGACGGGACAUACAUUCAGCAUCCGAGUGCCGCAGGGAGAUGACGAUACAAUAUUCUGUACACUAUUAAUAGUAUUAUAAAAAAGCGCCAGCCACUAUGUACUUACUGAGCGCUUCCAACGAAUCUCCUGCCCGAAUAGGCAGAUAAUGAACACGAGCGACACACACUGUCG